CUCCUCUGAUGCUACAGCCUGUCUGUGUCACUGCUGCUGCUGCCGGGACACAAAAACAAGACAAGCUGCACACACUAGCACACACCACAGAUAGAGGCAGAAGAAGAACAGGCUGCCAGCAGACAGACGGACGCACGGAGGGAAACGCACACCACCAUGGGAUGCUGUAACCGGAGGUGCGGGCUGAUAGCUGGAGCUGUGUUUGGGGCGGUGGUGGCCAUCCUGGGCGGCAUCCUCAUCCCAGUGGGGAAGAGUAUCAUUGAGGAGACAGUGGAGAAGGAGGUUGUUAUCGAGCCUGGAACACAAGCUUAUGAGAACUGGGAGAGUACAGGGGUUAGCGUGUACAGGCAGUUUUGGUUGUUAGACGUGCAAAAUGCCCAGGAGGUUUUGCAGGAUGGAGCAAUUCCAGUGGUGGUGGAGAAAGGACCUUACACAUACAGGACAAGAUAUCUUCCCAAAGAGAACAUCACAUUCAACCCCAAUCACACCAUCUCCUUCAUGCUGCCACAGGGCGCCAUCUUUGACCCCUCCAUGUCAGUGGGAACAGAGGAAGACAAAGUCACCUCCCUCAACCUGGGCGUGGCUGGAGCCUAUUCUCUGGUUCCAAAACCGCUUCAUGCUGUCCUGGAGAGUCUGAUAAAGGCAAGCAAGUCCUCGUUGUUCCAAAACCGUACAGUUGGCGAAAUGCUGUGGGGUUACUACGACCCUUUGUUGAAAGAUAACAUUGGCCUAUUUUCACCUUACAAUGGUACAUAUGAUGGCAUCUACAAUGUCUUUGAUGGAAAGGACGACAUCUCAAAAGUUGGAUUUAUUGACAGUUGGCGAGGAGAAAGUGUCUUACAAUUCUGGGGCGACAAGUACUGCGACAUGAUCAACGGGACAGAUGCUUCUUCAUUCCCUCCCUUUUUGGACAAGAAGCCUCUGUAUUUCUUCUCAUCAGACAUCUGCAGGUCUGUGUCAGCUGGCUUUGAGCAGAGCAUGGAUCUGAAAGGGAUUAAAGUGUAUCGCUACGUUCUCCAGCCAAACACCCUAGCCUCUCCAAAGGUCAAUCCAGACAACCAAUGUUUCUGCAGAAACGAAGUGAUCACCAAGAAUUGUACCUUGGCUGGAGUUCUUGACAUGAGCUCUUGUCAAGCAGGGAGACCUAUCUAUAUCUCUCUGGCCCACUUUCUUGGUGGCAGUAAGUCCCUACUUGAAAACGUGAAGGGCCUCAACCCCAACGAGAAGCACCAUGGCACCUACUUGGACGUGGAACCAACCACCGGAUUCACCUUGAGGUUUGCCAAGAGAAUUCAAGUGAACAUGAUGUAUGGACCAUCAAACGUCAUCACGGUGCUUAAGAAAGUCAAGGAUUAUACCAUAUUCCCUCUUGUUUGGAUGAAUGAGACUGCUUCUGUGGAUGACGCGACAGCGGACAUGUUGAAGAAGGAGCUCAUCACCCGUAUCGAAAUGUUGGACAUAAUACAGAAGGCACUGCUGGGCACCGGGGUGGCCAUCUUUGUGCUGUGUCUCAUUUCCUACUGCGUGGUGAGGAGAAACCAAAGCAAGAUUGUGUAAAUGAAUCGGACAGAAGUGUGAUGAGUGCAGGUUGCAGAGCAAAGUGCGUUUAAGCUGCUACAGGACAUCAAACCUUUUGAUAUAGAAUUGCACUUUUUUGUAAUUUCUGUGUUAUUUAUAAUGUCAUACUUCCUUUGAUACCAGGGGAAUACUGUGAUUUUAUAAAGCUUGAGAGCUUUGCUAGGUUUAAUUUCAAAUGCAAACACUAAAAUUAACUGUAUCAGGGAUCUUCCAAGGGAGAGCAGAUGGAGAAUCCUCUUUAGUGUCAGGUUAUAAAUCUGCACAGAGGAGAAAUGGGUUUGUUUGACAUCCUUGGCAAGAAUUGUACGAUUCUAAUAUUGCGCAAAUGUUUGUAUACUUUGCUGAAAUAGUGUCUUCAAAAUGAAUAAAAGCUGACAAAGAUCUU